GGUGUCCGCACUGCCGGGGGGGGCCGGGGCGCCUCUUCCCGCAGCCGUCCCGCCCCGGGGAGGGGGCAGCGGCCGCCUCCGGCCACACCUGUGGCGCAGCGGCGGAGGAAGCGCCCGGAGGUUGGCGCAGACGGGUCGGCGCCCGGCGGCACCAUGACCGUGGGUGCGCGGCUGGGCGCCAAGGUGAGGGGCAGGUUCUCCCGCCGCGGGCCCGGCGACGACCAGGUCUCCAUCCUGCCCGGAGAGGAGGAGGAGGCGGCGGCGGCGGCGGCUCCUGGGGGCAGCGCGGGGGUCCCGCGGGCGGCGGCGCUGGAGGAGGAGGAGGAGGGCACCGGGUCCAGGAAGGUGCGCUUCGCCGUCCUGCCCGGCUCCUACGAGCCGCUGCGCCCGCCGCGGGCCCCCGCCAAGCGGCCCUACGGGAAGAGGCUGAAGAAGUACGGGAAGAACGUCGGCAAAGCUCUGCAGAAGGGAUGUCGCUACUUGGUGGUCGGCUUGCAAGGAUUAGCGGCGGCCUAUUCCGCUCCCUUUGGGGUGGCAACACAGGUGGCAAACUUCGUCCGCUAGAGCAGCUCCACGCACCCCACAGAGGGGGAUGUGAGGCCAUUGCUGCUUUCUCAGGAUUAAAUUUGAGACCUGCAUCAGAGAAACCUCUUGGACCAACAGUCCCAGCUCCACACCCCUGCACCAGCCCCUUUCCCAAGACUGAGUACUCUUCUCUGCGAAAACUUCCAGCGCUUUAUAAAAUCAGAUCGGGUCAAGGAAAUGCAAGAAUGAGGGAAAAUCUUUGAUGAUUGAGCGGAAGUUUGUUCUCGGGCAUGAGUUUGUUUUCUAGAGCUUCGUGCUAUGUGUGAAAGGAAGCCAAGGAAAGAUGGAAAAGCAAGUAGAUGAAGGAGAGAGAAAUGAAAGAAAAUAAAGGAUGAGAGAGCAGCUGGGGAGGUGGAGAUGAGUUUGGGUAGGGAGAGGAAUUGUCGAAGCAGUGGAGGAAACAGAUAACAAAGGAUCAGGAAAAGAUAGUAUUUGGUUUUCUGAGGUAUUUUUGUGGUUUGGUGGCGGUUUUUUUCCCUAAGAAGGUUAAGAUUAUGAGUGUACUUAAAAAUAUACUUGGAUGUAAAUGGACUGUGGCCUGAGACACAGAUAGCUUUGUUGCAUCGUGGUUGUUCAUUUCAAACGCUGGACAUAAUGAGCCUUUAAAUCUUAAGAAUGAUGUAAAAACCCAGAAAGAGAAUGAAGUGUGUAUGUCUUCUUAUUUUGGGGCAUUAAAGGUUCACUGUGAUCAACAUUUUAAGCUUUUCCUCUGCUACUAUGAAAUCUGCUGAUUUUUUUUUACUGAGAACAGAGUUUGUAUCUGACAUACCUGCUUCUGGAAGCUGGGGCAUAAAAAAAAAUAGUUCUGUUGUGUUCACCAGGGAAAAAAGUGGAUUGCCAGCUGCAUCUGAAAAAAAAAUAGAUACAACGUUUGGUGUAAGGAUGUACAACUGUUGUGUAUAAGAAUGGGACCAAAUAACCUGCCAGCUCCAUCUUCAUUUCUGUAUCUGGGUUGUAGCCAGAGGAUGUCAACAUCAAAUGGCUCAGCUCUGUAAUGCGGGUGGAGCAGCUUCCAUGUUGCACAUCCAGGGAUGUAAAUCUUGUAUUGAUUCCACCACAGGAACAAGGUGGUUUAUGGGCCUUCAAAAUUCUGUGGAUUUUGUUAGUUUGUUUCUGUCAGUCUUUUGUGGUAGCAGUAAAAGACUUCCCUGAUAGCACUUUCUGUGUAUUAUAAAUCUUUCUAGUUUUGAUAGUGUUUGUAAUCAAGGAGUUGACUUCACUGGAAACUGCUUGCUUUGCCUUCUCUGAACGAAGGGGUUUGUAUGUCUUAGCAAACCACACUGUAUUUGUUUUAAAUGUAGCAAAUGAAUCAAA